AGGGGAAGGAAGCAAACGAGAGGAGAAAGUGGAAGCAAGACAGUGUCAGUGAAAGAAGGCAGUCUGACUGCACAGAAAAGGCGCUCGGCAAACAGCACGCACUCAUUGAGUCAGUGAUAUUCUGAACACGGAGAGCCGGUGCAAUUGAGCUCAAGAAAACAGUUUUCAGUGCAGAGAGAAAGCACAGAGACAGAGAAACAGAGGACGUGGUGUGAACAGAGAAGAGGAGAGGAGAGGUUCUUUGUGGAGAGAUGGACUCAGAUUCUGGGGAACAGAGUGAAGGAGAGCUCUCUCCAGGCCAAGAGAGCUUCAACUCCAAGAGUUUGGCCCUUCAGGCCCAAAAGAAGAUCUUGAGUAAAAUGGCCACCAUGGCCGUGGCAAAUCUCCUCACAGACGAUACCAGCAGCGAGAUUCUGGACGAACUCUACAAGGCCAGUCGCGAAUACAUCAAAAGCAAGAAGGAAGCUCACAAGAUCAUCAAAGAUGUCAUCAAGAUUGCCCUGAAGAUUGGCAUUCUCUACCGAAACCACCAAUUCAGUCCUGACGAGAUGGAGACCGUCGAACGCUUCAAAAAGAAGAUGAACCAGGCGGCCAUGACGGUGGUGAGCUUUUACGAGGUGGAGUACACAUUCGACCGCGGCAUUCUCUCCGAGCUGCUGAUGGAAUGUAGGGACCUUCUCCAUGAGCUGGUGGAGCACCACUUGACCGCACGCUCUCAUGCCCGUAUCGACCAUGUUUUCAACCAUUUCGCAGAUGUGGAUUUCCUGACCGAGCUGUACGGCCCAACUGAAGAGUACAGACUUAACCUGAGGAAGAUCUGCGAUGGGGUAAACAAACUCCUAGAUGAGGGCACACUUUAACCUCCAUUUCACGGUUCGUCGGAUGAGACUUCAUCAGGCUAUUGGGAUUUGAAUGGAGGGAUUUUACCCAGUUUGUGUUCUUUGGUUUUUGUUUGAAAUUUAGGCUGUCAUGAUAACUUGAUGAUGUCACUGUAACCCAACCUGUAGGGAUGGUCAACCAAAUGCAGAUUAAAGUCAAAUCCUGGUCUGUAUUGUCAACGUACCAGAUGAUUGUUUGGGGAAAAUCCAUUUAAGUGGAGAGCCUGAAUGAAUCAGUGUCCUGAAAACCUGUCCUUUGUGUGCAAUUGCAGGAACGUUUUAAAUUACGAGCUCCUUUAUAUGCACUGUAUGAAAUCUGUCCUUUAGGAAUGCAACCCUAGCUUUCUUCUAUGCGUCCAUGAGAACCAGUUAAGAUGUCCAGUUAAUCUAUUCUUAAGGAUAUAGUUCAUCCCAAAAUGAACAUUCUAUAGUCAGCUUCAUGAUGUUCCAAACCUGUAUGGCUUCAAAAAAAAAA